ACAAUAAACAAUCGCAACGAGUACACGAAUCCGAAUUCGAAUACCACAGAGAAUACCAAAAUAACUACAACACUAUUACUAACACUCUGCACUCAGCAACCGAAAGUUAAACGAGCGAUGAGUGAGAGCACGACUAAUGCUUUUCAGUUGCUUUCUUGUGGUCAUUGUUGACGAACGCGCAAAAUAUACGUAAAAAUAAUAAUUGAUUGAAAGAAGACACGAACUCACACAAGCCAUUGUGUGAUUAUUAUUUUCUUCUACUUUACGUUCUUGUUUUUGUCUUUGUUAAAUUUUAAAUUGCAAUACUUUUCUGUUGCGAUACGUUACGUUUUGUUGUCCGACGCAUCGUCGUCCAUUACUGUUCACGGUUCAAAAUUUAAUAAUAAAACGAUAACAACCCAAAGAUCAUUUGUUUCAAUAUUCAUCGUUGUAUAUUUUCGUAUUCGGAUUCGUGAUUCUUAACAACUACCUGCCGUCCGUCAGUUCGUCCCUCUUACCUUGCUGCAUGUUCGUUUGUUUUUUUUUUUUUUUUAAUUUCGGUUGCCAAUUCUAUUCUUUUAGUGGUAUUAAAGCUGAUUGUGUGGAAAAUAUUGACUCUCGUUAAUUAACGACGACGUCGAAGAUACGCGUAGAAACACAGAAAGAAAGCACGAAAGAAACACAGAUAGGAAGACGACGACCUUUCAAAUUGAAAACAACAAUACCAACAAAAACAACAACAACAAAAUUUUAAUAAGACAAACAAAAAAAUCAGCAACAUCAAAAGAAGCAACAACAACAAAAAUACACAACAAAAAGAAAAUCAUAUAUAAAACAUCAUUCUUAAUGAAUUAGAAGAAAAAGAAGCAAAAAAACCAAAACAAAUUAAAACAAAACAAAAUAUCAAAUUAGCAAAACAAAAAAAAAUUGUAUAAAGCAAAUCCUGUUAAAAUUAAACCUAAGACAAGAGGAGAUAAUCAUUUAAGCAUUAAAUUAAAAACAAAAUAUUUAAUUAAAUUAAAGGGUAAACUAAAAAAAAUAUACUACCAACCUACUACCUACCUAAACUACAUUUUGGAAGGGUCAUCUUUAGUUAAGGCUUUCUUUAACUUUAUUAAAAAACAACAACUCCUGGAACUCGUCUCUUUAAAAUAAAAAAAAACAAACAGCCUAAAUAUCAACAUUAACUAACCAACAACAACAACAAUAAUUGACUACAAUUUUCCUACAUCUUCACUGUAUACUACAUCAACAGCCGUAAUAGCAGCAACAUUAAGCAUCAUUAAGAACAAGAACAACAACAGCAACUAAUACCACUCCACCCCCCGACGACGGUAACAAAGUAAAGGCAACUUAUCCAUCAUUUAGAUAAAUUUAAUCUUUUAAAGAUAAGCAUUAAAGUACAAACCACGGAUCAACACCAAAGAUGGAGGCAAAAUUUUUGGCAGGCAUAUUUUCAUUCCUCUCAAUAUUUUUAGCGAUUUAUGCUCAAUCACCCGUAAAUGACGUUGAAGAUUCAACAGAAUUUGAGUUCGAUACAGCACUUUACUAUGGUGAUUCGACGGUUAAUCUGGGUGAACGUUUUUCAAUUACAUGCAUUAUACCCAUAACAGAUCCAAUAAAUUGGCUGAAGGACGAAGAACCCAUAAAGCUUCAUAAUUUACGACACGGCCAUGAUGAGCAUUCAUAUGUCUUAAGUGAAAGUGCUAUUGAGGGUGAAAAGCACAAAAUUGAAGCUCACAUAACAGUGCGUCAUGCCCUGAAAGUCCAUGAGGGAAAAUAUCAGUGCAACAAUUUACACAGCAGUUAUCACAUGUUGCAAGUACGCACUCCCGAUCCAGACAAACCCGAAACGUUAUCGCCAUUUCUGAUACAACAGCAUCACAUGGGUGGCAGCCGAAAUCGCAAUGAGGAAUAUCAACGAUAUUUUCCCACUGAAUCGGGAUAUGUAACCAUACAUGAUCUAACACCAAGUCAAUCCGAUGAAGAUGACUUGUUCACACGCACCUGGGAGCCAACGGAACCAGAAACACCGCCACAAAUACUAGCACUGCCAACGAAAAAACCAAUUACAACGACAACCAGUGGACAGCAACAUCAUCGCAGCCAUCAUCAUGCGCCGCAUGAGCAUGAUGUACACCUGCCACAUAUCCAACAAAUGGAACAUGACCUAAAGCACAAGUUAUUUCUCAUAAAUACCACGCAUUUUGAUGGUAGUCCCGUUGCAUCUAUGGACACACGGUAUCACAAUAAGACAAAAGGUGUUGGUCUGGUUGGCAUGGAUUUGAAUCCACCACCCACACCGCCUCACUAUACGACUGAAUCGUGGAGGCCCACAGGUAUUUUUUAUGCAGCAACUCCACCAAGUUUUCCGCCACCACGUACAACUCCAGCUCCGGCUACGGCGCCACCCCCACCACCACCACAAGCGGGUAUGAUGCCUUAUUACCAUGGUAUGCCAGCGCCCUAUUAUGUGCCGGGCUAUCAACACAAGACCCAUAGUGGCUAUCAGAUGGCUCCUGCAUCGCCAGGUGUCGGAGGAGGAAUCCAACAGCAGCAAACGCCAUACCAUAUUCCACCACCCAAUUACUAUUAUCCACAAUAUCUGCCACCACCGCCGCCCGCACAGCAGCAACAUCCCCAUCAAUAUUACAAUCCGAUGGUGACGUUUCCCUCGCAUGCACCGGGAGCUAUGCACAUGCCCGGCAGUGGCCAACAACAGCUGCAGCAUCCCCCAAUCACUUAUUAUCCGCAUCCAUUUCAGCAUUACGCUCAAAUGCCUACAAAUCAACAGUUUGUGCCGAUGCCGGUAGAUAGAGCGGCGACAUCAGCACCAAUCUUUGCUCCAGGAGCGGCAUCAGGUGGUCUUCAACAACAACAACAACAACAACAGCAGCAGCAGCAACAGCAAAAACAAAAACAACAGCUUCAGCAGCAACAACAGCAGCCACCUCAGCUAGUUUUUCCGGGCGUGGUGACAAACGUCUUGGUUCCCAGCAAUAUUUCACUUAUUAACUCUGUCGAUAAUGAGCAAGAAUCUUCGGUGCCAAACUAUGAUAAUGCAGACCAACAACAGUUGAUAUCUUUUGAUAUACGCUCACCAUUACACAUACAUUGCAAUAUACAAGGGGAAGGAAAUAAUAGUCUAACUUGGGAAAAAAAUGGUGUAGAAGUAAGUAAAAUUAAAGAACUUGAAGGUCGCUAUCGUAUAGUGGUGGCCGAAAAAAGUUUCAUGAUUGAUAAAACAGAUGUCCAUGAUGAUGGCCUCUAUUCAUGUGUGGCCAAUAAUCAGCGGAAAGAUUUUAACGUAGUUGCUAAUCUUGCUGUUCGAGUGCCUUCAAACUUGGGCGUUGUUGAGGGUGAAAAAUUGUCAAUUGUAUGUACUGUUGUUGGUACAAAUCCACAAUUGUCAUGGACUUUUGGUAAUUUAACCAUCAACAAUAGCACAGAUCGUUAUAUUUUAAGACCCGAUGAUAAUAAAAUCCAAAAUGCUAUUUUAACCAUUGAAAAUGUUACUUUGGAUGAUAGAGGCGAAUACAAAUGUAUUGGCCGCAAUGCAGCCACCGACAACGUUAAAGUACGAGAAGCUAGUGAUACAUCUUUUAUACGUGUAAAAGGCAAAUUUGCCGCUUUGUGGCCUUUCUUGGGUAUCUGUGCUGAGGUGUUGAUACUGUGUACCAUCAUUUUGAUUUACGAGAAGAGACGCAAUAAAAGCGUAGUGGAAGAUGACACAGAUCCCCAGGAUCAGAGAAAUAAAAGGAGAAAUUACGAUUAAACCACAGACAGUGAACAAAUUUAGAAAAAAACAAAGAACACAAAGCAAACAAAGAACAAUGUGAACAAUUCCUAGUAACCAUGCAGGCAUCCAAACCAAAAACAAAAACACACACACACACACACUCACCAACUCACUCUUAUUUUCAAUGAAGAAAAGUGAAAGAAUAUAUACACACAUAUACUAAUUAAAAUGAAUUCAUAUUUUAUUGAAACGAGAUCUCACAGCAUACAUAACAUAGUACAUGUUAACAUUAAACCAAGAAAAAAAAACAACAACAACAGACGGCAAACCUGACAUAACUCUUUUUACCAUGUAAGAAAUGCAUAAACACAUGAACGAUUAAUGUAAAAUAAAUCCAUUUCAUUCCACCAACUUGAAGUUCUUGGCGAGAAGAUAAUGGGAACUCCAUUUCCAAAGUAUAUACAUAUAAAGAAACUCAUACCCACACACAAACACUCACAUAAUGUCAAUGAUAGUGUUAAAAUUCUCCAUUAAAAGUUUAUUAGGAAAACGAAAUUAGUUAAACAAAAAAAAUGAAAAUUGCGUGAACGAAAACAAAUUAUGGGUUUCUAUGUCCUGAAGUACCUUCAAUUAUAUUCUGAUGUCUUUAAGAUUUUGAUAAAAUAUGCGAUGACUAUAGAAAAUAAGAGUUUGUAUCUUUUAAAUGUCUCCAGAGUGAUUGAAAAAAAUGCAAAUAUUUUACUAAGCUCCUAUCAGUCUGUUCACAUGUAUUAGGUUAGGUUUAAAAUGGGGUGCGGAUAUUAACCCGCCCCAUGCCACAAUGCACAUAUACCUAACCCAGUAAUCGGGUUGUUGUAUGCUUUCAAGUGUUGCCACUAUAAUAGUUGUUUGCCAUUUUCCUCACUUUAAACAGGGUACUACUUUUCCGCCGGUUUUCAACCAAUGUUUCGCCGACAAUUUUUUAAAUGGAGUUUGGCAGCAUUCUGCUCGAUAUACUGAACAGAAUACUCAGCUUAAGUGUCGGUAUCUGUUAGACGCGAAAGCCGGGCAACAACGUCUCUUCAUCUUCCCCGCAUGCCCUACACAUGCCAUCACUUGCCGCACCGAUUUUGCAUAAGGGAGCUCGUUAUCCUAUGUGUCUCGUUAUGAUACCAAUAGCUAUACUGACCUCCUACUUACUUCCUUUCGGCAAUAGCCUCUUCUUCUCAUGAUCUGGAUCUCCCCAUAGCAUUUUCAGCGAUCUACCGGCCGUUUCGCUGUUCCGCAGGGUUACAUGCGCAUUCGUCGCUCACGUCCUUAACUCGGAGUGCGUCGAACCGAAAGGUUUCGGGUUAACCAAGUUUAUUGACGACAGCUCUCUGACCAUCACUGUCAAAUCGUCUGCUUUCUCAUUCCCAGUUAUUCCCCUAUGGCCCGGCACCCAAACGAUGCGGAUCGUGCCAUCCUCAGAGAAGGCUUUCAUUUCCUUCUUACAUUCGCAUGUUCUACUGCUAAUAGCAGAUAUCGUCUGCUCAAUAUCUUUAGUCGAUUUUGCUAUUGCUUCAGUGGGCUUUUGGUUGUAACAGCAAACUGUUUGUGAGUUUUCUAUUGCAACCAGAAAGCUCAAAUCACGAUAAUCUUUACAGAUUCAGUAGCGACAGAGGGGUCUGGUGGCAAUCGAACCCACGACCUCCGCACUGGCAAUCCGAACAAGCUACCAAUCCGGCUACCGGGGCGCCUUAAUCUGCUACUGAGAACUGCUGAAAAUGUUAAGUGGGUAGAUGAAUUCGGCAGCACUCUUCCUUCCUCAUAUGUUCCAUUUCUGGAGUUACAGAUCUUGCAUUCUUCCUUUUCUCUACCUCUUUCUCUCCCUUUCUCUUAAGUUCCCUAUAUGCAUCGACCCAGCGCUUGUAGUGGAAAAAAUGGUGUUCUGUGUCGUCAGCAACUUCUUGCGGCAGAUUGGGUCCGGUAAUAGGUUUCAUUGCCUUGCCUUCUAUUUCUCUACAACAGUAUACGUAUAGGGGAUAAUAAGUCGUGUUCACCGACCCGAUCGCGAGACAACAAUGUGGCAUUGUGAAUAUCGAGAUGUCGAAUUGCUAACUAUUAUGAUUUUUGUGGCGAAGUCUUUUAGGCUCAAAGUAUUAUCAAACGUUCCCUUGUGGAAGCUAAAAUUGCCGAUCGUUCAACUAAAGAUAAUCUCCCUUCCUAUUUCGGCGUUAAAAUUUUCCAGCCCUUUUCUCCAGGCAUUCGUUAAAUAUUCCUUUGUCACUUAGGUUAAUGUACAUAAAUUUGGCCUUUAUUUGAUUGUUGGUAAUACUCUCAUCACUUGAACGAAUUUGGGAACAAAGAAUUUCAGUCUGCGACUAACCACAAAUGCACAGCAAGAUUCAUGUUUUGUGACACCUCUUCCAAUCCAUAGCACUUCAUGUCUCCUCGUUAUGUCGGCCUUGUAUUUUUCUAUCCAUAAAUAGAAUGCGGUGGUCUUCAACAUGGCAAAUGCAAAUAUGCUCAUGAGUAAUCCCAUUGAAAUGGUGUCAGACUCAAGUUUCAAGAUCAAUGAUAGGGACCACCUUUUUAAGGCCGCGUCCAAACGAAUUGCCGCAGGGCGAUACAUCUUAAAAGACAAAUUUUUGCAUGGCAUAGUACCCCAUAAAUGUCGCCUCAUUAGAAGUGGAUAACCACCGCUGAACAUUUUUUGAUGUUCUCGGCAGGUUUGAGUUCCAGACUUUCAACGACAAAAGUGCAGUUUAUGGGGAAAAUGGCAAAAAAUCCAAUUUUUUGCACACCCCCUACAUUGACCCCAAGAACACGAAUAUGAAGUCUGUUUUUCAAGCUCGGGUCUGGGGGCCCCAAAACGGGCUUUCCCCCUUAUCAAGUGAAAUAUCGCCGAAUAUAGGCAAUGUGGUACUCAAAUUAAAGGAAAUUUUGCAUAGAAUACAAA